AUGCAAGCGGCGUCGCUGCUAAUGCUUAGCAUUGAUCGAGUUUUUGCCCUGUGUACACCAAUGUUAUAUUUUCGUCAGCAAUACACUAUUGGAAUUACUGAGAUAGCCGCUUGUGUUGCUGUAGUUGCCAUAUACACAUUUACAAGUUGUUGGUUCUCAUUGCUAGACACGAAACCUGUGAUUUCACCGCUUUGCUGGUUGCAUCGAGCAGCAGUUGCAACAUUCGAGCGACGACAGUUGAAACUAACCAGCACAGUAUGUGUUUCGUGCCUGUUCACAACGGUGCUAUUUGUAGUACCAAUGUGCGCACGCUAUUUCAAAAAUAGUAUUUUGAGAAAAUACAAAGAAAUUAUAUCAGUUUACUCGCCGAUAAGCUGUAAUUUGAAUCCGGUGGCGGUUAUCAUUACAAUUUGCGUAAUCCAGGAUGAUAUCCGACAUGCUAUGCUCUCCUCGCUCCCACAGCGUCUCCAGCUGUUGGUCAAACACAAAUCCACUGUAAAGACAAUCUCCUCAACUCAAAGCUUGGAUAAGUUUCGAGACAAACUAGGGAAACGAGUUGCUGAAAUGAAAAUUAAGCCUGUAACCUGUGGUUUGCCCUGA